ACUUUCAAUACCAAUAUUAGGCGGCACAGCUUAUGCUUUAUCCAAGAACCGUUUUAAUACUGUAGCGGAUGACAGUUUUGAUCUCGCAAAUUCCCGCGAUAUCGAUGCUCUACGCAUUGAAUGGAAAAAACGUAAUAAUGGUCUUGGAUUAAGAGAUGUUAGUCGAUCUUGUGGUGGGGUUUAG